CUCCUCUCCGCAUUGCGCAGGCGCGAGUGUGUUGAGGGAGAAAGGCCUCGGCGCCAUAUUGUGAGGGAUUUUAUCGUUUUCUGUUCUCGAAAAUUACACGUUUACCUUAUUUUGUGAACGUUAUCUAUACGCAGUAGUGAUAACUUGUUUGUUUUAUAUCGGUUGAAGGAUCGUUCUUUGUAUUAUUGGCGUACCGUCUUGUCAAAUAUGUCAGGCGGCAGCGUAAUUCGAGGCCCUGCUGGAAACAACGACUGUCGGAUUUACGUGGGUAAUCUACCACCUGAUAUUCGCACCAAGGACGUGGAGGAUGUGUUUUAUAAAUACGGAGCGAUUCGGGACAUCGACCUUAAAAACAGAAGAGGCGGUCCGCCGUUUGCAUUCGUAGAGUUUGAAGAUCCAAGGGAUGCAGAGGAUGCUGUAUAUGGACGAGAUGGCUAUGACUAUGAUGGCUAUCGUCUUCGAGUGGAGUUCCCAAGGAGUGGAAGGGGAGGUGGAAGAGGAGGAGGUGGUGGUGGUGGUGGUGGAGGAGGAGGUGGUGGUGGAGCUCCAAGAGGCAGAUAUGGCCCUCCAUCCAGGCGCUCUGAGUACAGGGUCAUAGUGUCAGGACUUCCUCCUAGUGGCAGCUGGCAGGACCUUAAGGAUCACAUGCGUGAAGCAGGUGAUGUAUGUUAUGCUGACGUAUUCCGGGAUGGCACCGGCGUUGUGGAGUUUGUGCGCAAAGAAGACAUGACCUACGCCGUUCGAAAGCUGGAUAACACUAAGUUCCGGUCACACGAGGGGGAAACUGCCUACAUUCGUGUAAAAGUGGAUGGCCCGCGGAGCCCCAGUUACGGGCGCUCUCGCAGCCGCAGCAGAAGUCGCAGCCGGAGCAACAGCCGCAGUCGCAGCUACUCUCCACGCCGGAACCGUGGAUCACCCCGUUACUCGCCCCGCCACAGCCGCUCACGUUCCCGCACCUAAACAUCCACUUGACAGCUAAUUGGCUGGCCACAAUCAUACACCCUAUGUCACCUUUUACUGGACCGCCUGUUGUACCUCAUUGCUCUCUCGACUUGUUUUGUCUCUUCAUUUUCCCAGUUUGCUUUCUCAUCUUUGGUUUGUCACAUAAUAUCCAAAGAUUUGAUUUUUAUUAUUUGACUGUCAUUUUGCUAAAGACAGCAAAGCGUAGCUAAAUGGGCAUAUUUUCUCUUUAUUCUUUCCCUGUCAAUCCUUUUUUUUUUUGUUGUCUCCUAUCCCAUGACCCCAUUGUGUCUUUGUCUUGCAUUCACAUUUAAACUGGAUCUUCAUAAUCAUCCCUUGUACUAUAUUUAAAACAAGGAGCAUGUGUUGAAAUGCUUUAAAUAGUUCUGUUUUGAAGGAUUAAUCUGCUGCUGUUAUAUUUUGUUAAUCAUGUUUUGGCUUUUUCUGGGGUGGAAUUUUUUUAUUUAGUUGGAAAACUGCUAUUUUUACCUUUUCAUGUGUUUCUAUAGACAACAGAAGAGCAGGAUAAAAGAAAGCUUUGGAAUAAAGGAUUUUGAAGCACAGUUCAUUCAUAUUAGGAUAAAGCGUUUUUGGAGGAGGAGGAGCAGGCAUUUCAUUUGAGGCAAUGGUAUGACAGCAACCAGCCUUGGUCACCUUCAAAAAAAAGGCAGUUUUAUUUUUCCAAAGACUUCCAGUACUCUGGAUUUUCUUAGUGCAGUACCACUUUCGAUUUGCUUUGCCGUUCCCCAACCUUCACAACACCCCCCUCCCCAUUUAAUUUAGUUUUUCUCACUAGUCAUUGCUUAUAAGCGUGCAUGCAUGCUGUCUGGAUGUUGCAAAGCUUGUGCAUACAUUAAAGACGGCUUUGUCUUAACAUUUCGUCAUUAAAUCCAAAAACAUU